UCUCUCUCAAGCGUUGAAGUUUAAUUCUUCUUCUCCUCUUCUCUUAAUUUUCUUUCUUAUUAUUUGACAGAAAAAGGAAUAAAAUAAAGGAAACUGUUGGCUUGCUUCUGAGAAUGAACUUGGGUUGUUGACAUAUUUAUGUGUGUGUGGAUAUGUAAUGGGAAGAAAGAUAGCCACUUGGGUUUUGAAUUUUUUUUUUGUAUUAAAAUUAAAAGUCAGAAACGAGAGGCUAAACCUUACAUAUAAAACUACACAGUGUAAUGGGCAGAGAUCUCAUUCACAAGUUAGAAGAAGAGCAAACAAGAGAUGGAAAGAUCUGUUGGGGUUGGAAGCAUAGCUAAUAAGGAAGGAAGAAGAAUGAAAUCUGGUGUUGAUGGUGAAAGCUCAGUGGAUACUGGAAAGGUUGGAAAUGGAAGACAAAUCCAUGAUGAUAUCAGUUCAAAACCAUCCUCACCUAAUCAAAAGGAUACAACCAUGAACAAACAGAUACCUACUUUGGCUGUGAUUGAAAGAGCAUCUAUGGAUAACACCUCAAGAGCAUCAUCUGCAAUAAAAACUGAUCAGGCGGAUCUGCUUGAAUCUGCCAGGUCUGAAAUGGGAAAAGUGAAAGAAGAAAAUGAAAUCUUGAAGAUGACUUUAGCAAAAAUUAUGAAGGAAUACCAAUCUCUCCAGUUGCAUCUCACAAACAUGGUUCAACAUGAAGAAGCCAAGAAAUCUACAGAUGUAGCUCCCACCAAUCAAGAAAUGGAAGAACCAGAAAUUUCACUUAGCCUUGGUAGGAAUUCGAGUGAGCCCAAAAAGGAUGAGAAGAGUAGCAACUUCAGCAAAGACAAAGAGGAUGAGCAACUAAAAGAAGGCUUGGCACUUCGGCUGGACUGCAAGUUUGAAAGGUCUUCGAACCUGGGUUCGAACGAAAUCACUCCCAAUCUUAGCCCUGAAACUAGUUUUGAAGAACCAAAGGAAGAGGAAGCUGGAGAAACAUGGACACCCAGUAAAAUUCUCAAGACUACGAGAAGUGGAGAAGAUGAAGCUUCACAGCUGAACAAUGUGAAGAAAGCAAGGGUUUCUGUCAGAGCAAGAUGUGAUACCCCCACGAUGAACGAUGGCUGUCAAUGGAGGAAAUACGGGCAGAAAAUUGCGAAAGGCAACCCAUGCCCUCGAGCAUACUACCGAUGCACAGUUGCACCUGCAUGCCCAGUAAGAAAGCAGGUGCAAAGAUGUGCAGAGGACAUGUCUAUCUUGAUCACCACCUACGAAGGAUCCCACAACCACCCACUACCAAUUUCAGCCACAGCCAUGGCUUCUACUACAUCAGCAGCUGCUUCCAUGCUCAUGUCUGGCUCAUCCAACUCUGGAUCAGCACUCGGAUCAUCAUCCACCAACACUACCUCUGCUGACCUCCAUGGACUAAACUUCAACUUCUCAGAUAACACAAGAUCAAGACCACAGUUCUACCUACCCAACUCCUCUAUUUCUUCUACACCCUCGUACCCAACAAUCACUCUUGACCUUACUGCACCUCCACCAUCAUCUUCCUCCUCAUCCUCAUCAUCUCAGUUCAAUAGGCUAAAUUCAAGUUUCCAUACCACAGCCCCAAGAUAUUCAACAAGUUUCAAUUUUUCUUCCACCGAAUCCAAUUCCCUACCAACAUCUUGGAGCAAUGGGUACCUAAGCUAUGGCACUCAACCCUACAAUAGAAGCCAAAUUGGGUCUUUAACUCUUGGAAGGCAACCGCAAGAACACUUCUACCAGCCUUACAUGCAAAAGAACAACCCAACUCCUCCCCAACCCCAACAGGCUUUGUCUGAAACAAUUGUGGCUGCAACUAAGGCCAUUACAUCUGACCCAAGCUUCAGAUCAGUGUUAGAAGCUGCGAUUUCGUCGAUCGUAAACAAAGGUAGUAAUGGUGGAGAGAAUUUUAGCCAGAACUUAUCAACAGCAAAUGGUAAUGGAUGUUCAACCUAUUUGAGUAGUAGAUCAUCAUCUUCUAAUGCUCAACAAGGGAAAUUAAUGUUUCUUCCACCUCCAUUGCCAUAUUCCACCACCUCCUCCAAGAGUCCCUCUUCUUCACCAACUGAUAAAAGAGACCACAUCACCUGAUGGAAGCAAGCAAGGGAAGUUCAUGAAGUCUUAGGGUUUUUUUUAUUUUUUUGGGUUCUUGAUAGGGUAUGUGAUGAUUAUUUGUGGAUAAUAUGGGUUUUAAGGAUUAGGUUGACUUGGCUAUGAAGCCAUUGAAAGUUCUUUUUUAAUAAUUAGAUAUAGUCUUUUUCUUAUCUUAGAGGUGUAUACAAAGGGUAUGAUUAGUAUCGUAUGAUAAGGAUGUAUUUGUACAAA